CUUGGUCUGUACCGUUUUUCACAAAAAUGAAGGCCAGAUUAUCAGUUCUGCAACAAAGGCGAAUAAUCCAAACAUCUGGGAGCCCUAAAUUUAAAAUAAAUUAUAAAAUACAAAAAAUUAUGAAAACCUGGUGAAGUGAACUUGAGAAUUAACUUCGAAAGUGCCAGGUUUUCCGGGACGCUGUGGGAAAUCUGAUCGCUAGUUCAAGGUCUCAGUUCAAUUCCCUUAGGAAACUUAAACCUCGGGCUUUUUUGUAAUGUCUCAGGAUCCUUGCAGAAUUUUUCUUACAUUCCCCGAGUUUAUUAGAGUUAUGCAUUUUAUAUGUUUCUCCUCUAAGUGUCUGCUGAUAAGUUUUAGAAACCAAAACCAAGAAAUGCCUCAUUCCACGAACAAAGAACUGAUACUUGGCAUCAUGGUGGGAACUGCUGGAAUCAGCUUGCUGCUCUUGUGGUACCACAAGGUCCGUAAACCUGGGAUAGCAAUGCAUUUACCUAAAUUUCUUUCUCUGGGUAAUACAUGUAAUUCAAUAACUUUGCAAGAUGAAAUACAUAAUGACCAAGGAACAACAGUGAUCUUUCAAGAAAGGCAACUUCAGAUAAUGGAGAAGUUAAAUGAAUUACUGACAAAUAUGGAAGAACUCAAAGAGGAAAUCAGAUUUCUUAAAGAAGCUAUUCCAAAGCUGGAGGAAUAUAUACAAGAUGAACUUGGAGGGAAAGUGACUGUUCAUAAGAUAAGCCCUCAGCACAGAGCAAGAAAAAGAAGGCUCCCCACAAUUCAAAGUUCAGCAACAAGUAAUAGUUCAGAGGAAGCAGAAAGUGAAGGAGGGUAUAUUACAGCUAAUACCGACACAGAAGAACAGAGUUUUCCAGACCGUAAGGCAUUUAACACACAUGUAGAGGAAUUAAAUUUAGAUGUCCUUCUUCAGAAGGUAGAUCAUUUGCGUAUGAGUGAGUCUGGCAAGUCGGAGAGUUUUGAGCUACUUUGUGACCACAAAGAAAAGUUUAGAGAUGAAAUAGAGUUUAUGUGGCGAUUUGCUCGUGCUUAUGGAGACAUGUAUGAACUAUCUACAGACACACAAGAAAAGAAACAUUAUGCUAAUAUUGGAAAAACUUUAAGUGAAAGAGCGAUGAAUAGAGCACCCAUGAAUGGACAUUGUCAUCUGUGGUAUGCAGUUUUGUGUGGCUAUGUAUCUGAGUUUGAGGGUUUACAAAACAAAAUCAACUAUGGGCACCUCUUCAAGGAACAUCUAGAUAUAGCAAUCAAACUUUUACCAGAAGAACCCUUUCUAUAUUACCUCAAAGGAAGAUACUGUUAUACUGUCUCCAAACUGAGCUGGAUUGAGAAAAAAAUGGCUGCUACUCUGUUUGGAAAAGUACCAUCUUCAACUGUACAAGAAGCUUUACACAGUUUCCUUAAGGCUGAAGAACUAUGCCCUGGUUAUUCUAUUCCCAACUACAUGUACUUAGCAAAGUGUUAUACUGAUCUUGAGGAAACCCAGAAUGCUUUGAAGUUCUGUAAUUUGGCAUUGUUGCUUCCUACUGUUACUAAAGAGGAUAAAGAGGCACAGAAAGAGAUGCAAAAAAUAAUGACUUCCUUGAAGAGGUAAAUAAAUGAAUUUACUCUUCAGCAAAUCAGAUGUGGUCUACCAAAACUUAAACUAAUCAAAGUUGUGCUUUUAUUGUCCUUUUCUUCACUUUUGAUGUAAGGGUAUUGUGCUCAGAUUUGAAGGUAAAGGCAUGUUUCCACAGAAUGCAUUCCACUAGUAGCACUACAAAAUUAUGUUAUUUGAAGAAUCUAUAUACUAUAAUGUCAAUACAUAAUCUACAAACAUGUAUGCUUUAUAUUUUUCUUAUCAAUAAACUGCAGCCUUCAGAAUAUUUGUUUAAAUAAAAUAUUUAAAUCCAGUAAAAUGAACUUUCAUAAGUAUUGUUUCAAUUGAGACUUAAUAAAACAAAAUAAUUUCAUUAAUGUGGAUGAAAAAUGGAAAACUGAGCAAAGGGCACGAACAAGUUGUUGACAGAAGAGAAAAAAAAUGUAACUGGUAAUCAAAAGAUGUAAAUAAAAUUACAAUAAAAUACUGUUCUAGCA